AUGGGACCUCUACCGACCUGGGACGUGGCUGAUGCAGGCGAGCAGGCCCGGCACUCUCGACCUUCUGCCUCAGUCAGGCCUGUCCCUACCUCUUCACCACGAACAAACGCACGCUGGCACGGCAAGCAGCGAUUGAGAGACAGAGACGCAGCUGCGAAUGAUGUGGAUUUGGUUGGAAGCGAUGAGGUCGGCAGGAUGAAAAGAGUGGGUAGGAGUAUGGGCGUGAUAUUGAGGAGACACAUGUACUUUGUCGGGCCUGGAAUCAUGAGCUCGGUAGCCUUCAUGGGUGAGUCUCGCAAUGCCGAGCCGGGCCGUACAGACUCUGUCGCUGACCUUCGUUCUUCUCCUAUGCUCUCGUCUUGCCUCUGCAGAUCCUGGGAAUUGGUCGACGGAUCUGUCAGCAGGUGCUCAGUACGGCUACAAGUUGCUCUUCGUCAUCCUUCUCUCUUCCGUCAUGGGCAUUUUGCUGCAAGUGCUGGCAGUGCGCAUGGGCGCAGUCGUUGGUGUCGAUCUCGCCAGAGCUACUAGGCUGUGGCUUCUGCCAGAGGAAAGAGACAAAGAAUUGAGCUUAUACAGGGACGGCCUCGACGACACGGCCGCGGCGGAGCGGGCCGCUCUAAGCAUUGAUCAGAGAAAGCCUUGGCGAAAAUGCAGAUUGGGACUCCUCUGGUUGCUUUACAUUGUUGCGGAGGGUGCCAUCAUCGCGACCGAGCUUGCCGAACUCGUAGGAAGCGCCAUCGCACUGAACUUGUGAGUCAACUCUCCACCCUCGUCUUGACUCGAAAUGCAGCUGUACUCAUCCGCUCGUCGAUCCACCCCAGGCUGUUUCCUGCCCUGCCAAUCUGGGCGGGCACGCUCAUCACCAGCGUCGACGUCUUUCUGAUUCUCCUCAUCUACCGAGAAGGCGCAUCUAUGCGCGCAUUCGAGCUGCUCAUUGCUAUCCUCGUCUUCAUCGUCAUGGGCUGCUUCAUCGUUCUGCUCGUUCGUGUAAACGCCGAUUGGGGAGAUGUCUUCUACGGGUUCGUGCCGUCCAGCACCUUGGUGGAGAAGGAUGCUCUUUAUAUUGGCGUUGGUAUCGUCGGUGCUACCGUCAUGCCGCACGCUCUCUUCAACGCAAGCCAAUGGGCCACCGUAGAUCGUCUCUUGACGCGCAAGGUCAACGCUGAGGCUGAAGGUCUGCCCGCUCCACGAGACAGUACAAACGAGCCCCGAGACAGCGGAGACGGCCAUUCUGUCCAAGAACGCAUGGGCGACCAUGACAGCAGGGGCACGGCUACUCAGGAUUCGAAAGAUGUGUCUAAGUACUUGCCAAAGUCCCUGGUUCGCUUGAGAUCUCGAGCUCAUGCCAUGGCGGAGCGCUUUCCCACCUUCAGCUUGGGCGGACCAGCCAUUCCUUCGCCCGAGAGCCACUCGCAUCGAGCUCCUCCUUCAGUCGCCAAUAUCAAGAUACAUCUGGCACAUGCGACUGUCGACAUUGUCUUGUCCUUGCUCAUCUUUGCUCUAGUCGUCAACGCUGCCAUCCUGAUCGUCGCCGCCGCCGCCUUCUACUACGGCGGCAACCGCGAGGAAGUUGGCGAUCUAUUUCAGGCGUUUGCGCUGAUCAAAUCGACAGUCGGUCAUACGUCUGCCAUUCUAUUCGCUGUCGCCUUGCUGGCAGCUGGACAAUCUGCAAGUUUGACAGUGACACUGGCAGGUCAACUCAUCUCCGAGGGGUUCAUUCGGUGGACCACCAAUCCUUUCGUCAGGAGAGCAUUGACGAGAGGCAUUGCUCUCAUCCCUUCUUUCACAGUCGCUGCAGCUGUCGGCCGAAGUGGACUGGAUCGGAUGCUCGUGGCAAGUCAAGUAGCCUUGUCCAUGGCGCUGCCUUUCGUCCUCGUGCCCCUUCUAGUCGUCACUGGUAGUCGCUCUUGGAUGACGGUGCAAGAAUUGCCGCUUCCGGAGCACGACUCGAAUGCGCAACAGGACACCAGUCAUGAUGUUUCAGCAGACGCCAAGAAGCCAGACGACGCAAAGGUUGCGGAUGACUCGCACGCGGCCGAUGGUUUGCGCAUCGCUGGAGGACUUGCAUCCGCGCCUGAAGCUGUGCUGCCUUCCUCGUCCACCGAGCCGCCAGUCAAUGCCGCUGCUGAAGCAUUGGCUGCACCCGGAUCUGCGGUGGUAGACGAAGGACCACGCAUCGGUCGAUUCGCUAAUCAUUGGUCGGUCAUCAUCUUUGGUUGGUUGCUAUACGGCUUGAUCCUCAUCUGCGACGGCUUCGUCAUCGUCACUUCUGCCAUGGGCGAUGACUGA